UGGCUCUCCUCAAGUUGAGCAACAGCGGUAAAUACGUCGGGUACGAGCAAGUUGCUGCACGGAUUUCCCGGAGCUGCGCAUAACUUAAGAUCCACAAUGCUGACAAGAGGAUGAAUCCUUCAGGUCAUCUGAGACAUCCACGUGUCUUCGCUGCUGUCCCUCUCCGACAGCCCUCUUCUCGUCCCACUGGGGCACCAUCUGCUUCCCCACGCUCCCCCCCUCGCCCCUGUCCAGCUCCCUCCUCCUCCUCCUCCCCCCUCCUCCUCCUCCCCUGCCCCCAGUAGUGGCCAUCCCAGAGGGGAAGGAAAGGCGAGCCAGCCCCUGUAAAUAUGCCUGGAUGGAGGUCUCAGUGGCGUCUCGUCCUGCUGAACUCCCUGACCUGUGGCCUGGAGAUCUGCGUGGCAGCUGGGAUCACAUACGUGCCCCCGCUGCUGCUGGAGGCGGGAGUGGAAGAGCGCUACAUGACCAUGGUGCUAGGUAUUGGCCCAGUGCUUGGUCUCCUGUUCAUCCCUCUGAUCGGCUCAGCCAGUGACCACUGCAACAGCAGUUAUGGCAGAAGGCGGCCUUUCAUCUGGCUGCUGUCUCUGGGAGUCCUCGUGGCGCUUUUAGUCAUUCCCCACGCCGACGUCCUGGCUUCACGGCUGGCUUGGGGAGGCCGCACCGUCCAGGUGGGUUUCCUCAUCCUUGGUGUGGGCCUCCUUGACUUUUGUGGACAAGUGUGCUUCACACCACUGGAGGCGCUUCUAUCGGACCUGUACCGAGACGAGGAGGACUGCGGCCAAGCCUUUGCGAUGUUCUCCUUCAUGGUCAGCUUGGGAGGCUGUGUGGGUUACCUGCUUCCCGCACUGGACUGGAGUCACAGCCUGCUCUCUGUUUACCUAGGAGGCCAGGCCGAGUGCCUCUUCUUUCUCCUUAUCCUCAUCUUCAUCUCCAGUGUGCUGAUCACCAUGAAGGUGUCUGAGGAACCCUCUUUUGCCAGCAGCACCUCGACAGGGUCUGGAUCUUUAUCGGAGUCGGGAGCCGGAGCGAUGGAGUCAGGGCGGUGCGGCGUGCCACGCUCAUGCUGCUACCUGCUGAAGUGCAAGCUGAGGCUGCUAAAGUCUGGACCCGUGCUAUGCUUGCUGAGGACGUGCUGGUCCAUGACUCCGGCCAUCUACAGGAGCUACUGCCAUGUCCCAAAGGUGAUGAGGCAGCUGUGUGUGGCUCAGCUCUGCAGCUGGAUGGCUGUCAUGUCCUUCAUGCUCUUCUACACAGACUUUGUGGGGGAAGGCCUGUAUGAGGGCGUACCCAGUGCAACACCAGGAAGCGUGUCCAGGCAAAGAUAUGAUGAAGGUAUCCGUAUGGGCAGUCUGGGCCUGUUCCUGCAGUGUGCUACCUCAACCUUCUUCUCCCUGGUCAUGAGUCAUUUGGUUCGCCAUUUUGGCUCAAGAUGGGUCUACAUGAGCAGUAUGGUGAGCUUCACAGUCUCUGCUUUGGUCAUCUGUUUGUCCAAAAGUGUGGUCCUGGUCACAGCCAUGGCAGCCCUCACUGGCUAUGCAUAUGCUACGCUGCAGACUCUGCCCUACACGCUCACCUGCCAUUACCACAAGGAGAAAGAGGUCUACAUGCCAAAAAGGAAAACCAAAAGCGUGCAUAAAAAUGGUAUUACAUCCAAGCGGGACUCUGUGUUUUUGACUCCUGUGGAAGAGGAGAAUGGACUAAAUCACAAAACGGGGGGAGGCACCUAUGGGCAUGCUUUCCUCACCAACGACAAUUUUGAGUACUACCCCAGUCCUCACAGCCAGAAUGGCUCGUCUCAUAGCUCCGGUGGCACCGAGCAGGAAGAGGCGGAAUCGGGGUACGAGAAACGCGGCGUGGGCUUGGACUUUGCCAUUUUAGACAGCACCUUCCUCCUCUCUCAGGUUUUCCCCACCCUCUUCAUGGGCAUGAUCGUUCAGUUCGCACAGUCCGUCACUACCUACAUCGCCUUCUCUGCCAUCUUCGGUGCUGUCGCCAUCUACUUGGCCCGUCAUAUCGUCUUUGACCAAAAGGACCUCAAAAGCUGAGACUCAGACGGAGAAGUUGUGGGAGCGACGAUGGAAGCAUAAAUGUCAAUCAAAUCAUUCAGGUUCCAUGGGUUGGAACUCUCAAUAAUGCACUACUGUUCCCAGAAUGCCUUGCUCUUGUACCAUGUGUUUGCUUUUUGCGAAAGCUCUGCCUUGAGGAAAUGUUUUGCUACAUCCACACCCAUACAUUUUUGGUUUUAGCAUGCUAGGUUUAUGCUUAGCAUCCACACUGCUCUGGCGUUUUUCGAACCCCCAAAAUGGAGACUUUUGAAAAUGCUGGUGACGGCAUUUUAGUUUGAAAACUCCGGGAUUGCGUUUUAGUCUGGGUGGGCGGAAACGACGACUUUUGAAAACGAUGACGCAGGCACCCACCUUCGCGUCCGAAUCUUUCCCGGUUCUUGUCAGUCACAACUUGUGCUUACGUGUUACUUUCCGUAUCCGUUCCACCUCAUCGGUCCAAGCAAAGAAAUCUCUGGUCUUACUCUUCACCAUUGCUGUUCUCCCUCUGUACUUUUUUCUGCAACUAAGCAACUGACUGCCGAGUAGACAAUCUGCUUUCUGUUCAUACCAG